AUCUUGGAUUUGAUUAGAACCGAACCCUUGUUGUUCAGGGAUGCUUUCAUUUGAAAGAGCCGAGGCGGGAUAAUCGUUCUCCUUCCCUGACAGGCACACAGCUUUUGAUGGUCGGCCAUGGAUUCAGCAAGACACACAUGCUUGAAACUCCAAAUCUCCCAACCAAUCUUCAUCAAAGGCACCUGGUUCUCUUCUCACUUCCAUCUUUCCAUCACCGAUGCUCUAAACGCUUGGACUUGCGACGCAUCAGAAGAGGAGGUGAAGGAGAGAGCGUCUAAUUGGGACCAACCGAUAUCGGAGUACAUCGAUAUGUCGGAGCGAUAUCUAGGGUUUCAACAGCCCGGUUCGGUUUACGGGUUUGCUGAUGCUGGAGGAGGCUACAAAAGAUUAUCAUGGACUUUCGAUAAAGAAGGUACGAAGCUAGAGUGGCGAUGGAAAUUUAAACCAGCUGAAAAUUGUAAGACGAUAACUGCAGGAAUAUUGGACUUCCUGAUGGAUGCUAACAUACGUUUAAGUGAGGAGGUUGUCAUGAAAACACGGUCAAAUGAGAAACUUAAAGCGGAAGCUGAGAAGUGUUUAGCGCAAAGUGAGAAGUUUCAGAACGAGAAGGCAGAGUUUGAAACGACAAUUUAUACAAAGUUUGUUGGUGUGUUAAACUCAAAGAAAUCAAAAUUAAGGGAGCUUCGAGACCGACUGUCAAAUCAGGAAAGUACUACAAAUUUACAGGAAGAUGAGGAAGCGUCGACUGACAAAACCGAGACUUUUGAUGGUGAUAGCGAAGAUGAAGACUCCACCAUGGAUGUUACGAGCACUUCAAAGGAUACUCCAGGAAACAAACCUCGUGGUCGAAAAAGGAAGUAAAACCCGUCAAUUUAAGUCGUAACCGUAGUGCUUGGUGUAUCGCCCUUCGUAAAAUGGCACUUCGCUUUCAGUUGUACUUGGUGCUGAUAUCGAGUCUAUGUAUAUAGAGUUGGGUUUUGCUUUUGGCAAGGAAGGCUUACCACUUAUGUCCAAACUUAUGUCGCUUUUGGUUUCUACGAAAAUGCAAAAAAAUUUAUACAUUGAGCCGUU